AAAUAGUAAUCUAAAAAACACCAUGCCAUGCUAGCUAGCUAGCACUUUUCCUCUUGGAACCUUUCGGAACAAAUAGCUAUAAAUUUAGGCCUCCUGUGUUAACAUAGGUAGGUAUCCAGAGCAGAGCAUAAAACACAUCAUGGGCACUGCUAGUAAUUUGAAGCACGCAGCUGUUUCUUUCUUGGUUCCACUUCCUUCAAUUCUCUUCUAUCUCUACUUCAUUAACCAUUACAAAACAAGCACCGUAGAUGGCACUACACUCUCUCCUUUCUGGUCAUGGUGCGUCGACCACCCUCUUCUAUUGGUCAACGCCCUCUUUUUCUUCAAUGUCAAUGUUCUCUUCUGGAUCAUCAGUCAAAUCCAAAAGAGCCACUGGAUGAUAGAUUUGUAUUGGACUGUGAUACCAAUGUUGCUCGUUUAUUACUAUGCAACAUACCCUUUGGCCCAAUAUAACUUGUGGAGGUCGAGAAUUGUGAUAGCAUUGACAUGGAUUUGGAGUUUGAGACUUACCCACAACUACUUUAGGCGGGAAAAGUGGCAAUGGGGUGUCAGAGAGGAUUGGAGGUUCACUGAUAUGCGUGGCCAGUAUGGCAAGCAUUGGUGGUGGAUUUCCUUCUUUUCUGUCUAUGCCUCUCAGCAGAUGUUUCUGGUUGGUAUAUGUCUCCCAUUCUAUAUUGUUCACUCAGUUGAUAAGCCAUUGAAUGUCUGGGAUUUUGUUGCUGUCGCUGUAUGCUUGUGUGGAAUUGUGAUUGCAUACUUUGCUGAUACGCAACUUCAUGAAUUUGUGACAAGAAACGACAAAUUAAAAGAGCUUGGAAAACCAACGGUGCCAAAUCUUGAUAGGGGCUUGUGGGGUUACUCACGGCAUCCAAAUUAUUUUGGGGAGCAGCUGUGGUGGUGGGGACUGGUGAUAUUUGCAUGGAACCUGGGACAUGGAUGGGCUUUCGUUGGGGCCUUUGUUAAUAGUAUGUGCUUGGCAUAUGUUACCGUGCUUGUAGAACAGCGGAUGCUGAAACAGGAGUACAGAGCUGAAGCAUACAGGCUUUAUCAGAAGACAACUUCAGUGUGGAUCCCUUGGUUCAGGUCAUCUGCUUUUGCUAGAAAAGAUAAGGACACUUGAACUGAUACAGGUCCCAGUACCCAGCUUCUGUAGUUCUUUAUAAUCUGUUGUUCUUCAGCAAUUGUUCAUGUUCUCUGUUGUUGAUUUCAAAUUGUCUGUGUAGCUAAUAGAUCACUGUAUGGAAAUGUAUAAAUUAUCGUUGCAUUUUCUUUGAA